AAGUAAAAAAUAUACAUAUAUUAUAGGCUUUCCUUUUAUUGUUACCACAAUUGGAUUUACUCAAAAUUAUGCCGCACCAGCAGAAAUCGAGCGUGUUUUAUAGUGAGGCGAAUGACUGCAUGGCUGGUCUGAAAACCACAACACAGGAUGCCCUGGAAAGCGGUGCAAAGAAACAAAGAUUCAAGUCGAAUCAAUAUUCAGCAGAUGAGACGUUUGUGCCGCAAGAUAAGGAUCCUCUUGUUUCCAGCUAUUCCAAGGACUACAGCUGGACAGGCCUUGGCUCUAAAUUUCGAAAAUGUGUGCCCGUAGAAACCUCGCCAGAUCCGGACUUUUGCCGCCGACAAGUUAAUCCAUUUUACAGCAUAACCUCGAGCCCAUUCAAAUUCAUGGAUGAUCAUCUCAACAUGGAACUGGUGACUGAGCAUCGAAAGAAAAUUGACUUCUUCAGACAGCUAAGAAAUCAAUCUCAAAUUUUCACAGAUUCAUAGAGUACACAAUAAAUAAAUAAAUAAUUGACAAAUAAACCAAAUCGAUUGGGUAGUUGGAAAAAAAUUCAAUUUGGUAUUAGGGUGCAAUAAGUUUGAGAAACACUGCUGAAACAUGCACUUGUCAACACUGGCAAACUGAAUUUAAUUUAAUAACUUUUUUUUUUUAGAUCAAAGUAUGCCAUGAAAUUUGAAAUAUCACUUGCUUUUGUUUCAACCAAUUUAAUUUCAUUCAUUCGUAACUAUUCGCUUGAGUGUGACAUUAAAAUUUUAGCUCCAUAAAUAACCCGAUUGAAAAAAAAAAAAA